ACCUGGUUUGUUUUUUGUUUUUGGAGGAUUUCUGGAAUUUCAUGAGAAAUGUUUUGAGCCACACACAAGGAACUCUAAGAGACAGGAUGGGACUAUGUGAAAGCAGGAAAAGCAGGAAAGAAAGGAAUAAUUCUCUAUAUAGACAGAAACCUCAGAAAUCCAUGAAAAGGAAAGUUCCACCACCUGCACCACCGGGCAAGAAUUUAUCCAUCACUUCUGCUGACCAACUUGGUAACGGCAAGAAAUAUGUAAUAGCACAAUAUGCUUUUGUGUCUAUGAGUGAUCGAGAUCUGCCUUUGACUGUAGGAGAGAAAUUUGAAGUCUUAUGCAGUGAAGGGGAGUGGUGGUUAGCAAAAUCCCUUACUACUGGAAAGCAGGGCUACAUUCCUAGCAAUUUCGUAGUCACCAUCAAUAGCCUGGAAGAAGAACACUGGUAUAGAAUGGAGCUGCCCAUGUACUUACUGGACAAUCAUGGUGUCCCACAUAAUGUUGUUACUAUAAAAGCUACACUAGCUCUCAAUGUAUCUCUGAGUAUUGCUGAAGGGAUGGCGUACCUUGAGAGAAUGAACUUCAUCCACAGAGAUCUCAGGGCAGCCAACAUUCUGGUUUCAGAGUCCCUUUGUUGCAAAGUUGCUGAUUUUGGCCUUGCUAGACUCGUCGAGAAUGAAUACCUUGCAAAGGAAGGUGCAUUUUCACUUUCUGUUAGAGACAUCAUCUCUCAAGGGGAUAUUGUUAAGCAUUACAAAAUCUCCACUAUGGACCAAGGUGGAUACUAUAUCUGCCCCAGGACUACAUUUUCUUCUUUGCAGGAGCUUGUCAAGCAUUAUUCCACUAAAGAUAAUGGUCUGUGUCAGAGGCUAAGAUAUCCAUGCAAGUCUCUGACUCCACAAGUACCCUGGGCUGCUGAUGAAUGGGAAAUCCCACGAGACACUAUAAAGCUCAUCAAGAAACUGGGAGCAGGCCAGUUUGGUGACGUGUGGAUGGGCUACUACAAGAACAAUGUGAAGGUUGCAGUCAAGACAUUAAAAGAAGGCAGCAUGGCCCCGGAUGCCUUUUUGGCUGAGGCCAACUUGAUGAAGAGACUUCAGCAUAACAAGUUGGUUCGAUUGCAUGCUGUGGUGACCCAGCAGCCAAUUUAUAUUGUAACAGAAUACAUGGCCAAUG